AUGGAGGAGGCGGAGGGAGGGCCGGGGACCGAGCAGCCGGGGAUGGAGGGCACCGGGGGGCCGCAGGAGCUGAACAUGGGUGCCCCAGGAGAGUCGCCGGGGCCCGGGGAGCCUGAAGGACCCGGGGAGAUAGAAGGGCCCGGGGAGCCAGCGGAACUGGGGUCGGCUGUGCCGACGGGGCCGAGACCUGAGGAAUCGCCGGGGCCGGAGGAGCCGGGACCCGAGGAGAUGGAGCCGCCAGGGCCCCAGGAGCCCGAAGAGAUGAAGCCUCCGGAACCCGAAGAUGUGAAGCCUCCGGAACCCGAGAAGGCCGAGGAGCUGAAGCCUCCGGGACCCGAGGAGCCCGAAGAGGUGAAGCCUCCGGGACCCGAGGAGCCCGAAGAGGUGAAGCCUCCGGGACCCAAGGAGCCCGAAGAGGUGAAGCCCCCGGGACCCGAGGAGCAGGAGUCCUGCGAGCCCGGGGAGAUGAAGCCACCUGGAUCCGAGAAGCCCGAAGAGAUGGAGCCGCCAGAAGCCCAGGAGCCCUGCGAGCCAGAGGAACCGGGAGUGGAGGAGAUGAAGCCGCCGGGGUCUGAGGAGGCGGCGGCCGAGGAGCUGUCGGAACCGGUGGUGGCGGAGGCUUCCUCAUCGUCCGGUACCGGUCCGGAGGAGGCGGCGGCGGCGAGCGAGUCCCCUCCUGCGGCUGGGGCUGAAGAGCCUCCAGUCCCCCCGGCUGGACCCGAGAGGAGGAGCGGAGAGGAGGCGGAGAAGAAGGAGGAGGAGAAGAAGGAGGAAGAGGAGGAAGAGGAGCCCGAGUCGGUUCGUCUGGAGCGGGAGCAGCUGCUGGAGGAGCAGCGGGAGCUGGCGAGCGAACGGGAGCGGCUGCGCCAGGCCAGUGCCCGGCUCCAGAUGCGGCUGCGGGAGCUGCUGAGGCUGCCGAGGGGCCGGGGGCCUGCGAAGGGCGGUCCGGGCCAGGAGCUGUACGGGCAGACCCUGCUGAGGCUGCGGGAGGUGUGGGAGAGGAGGGAGAGGGAGGCGGAGAUCUGCAGGGAGAGGGAGGAGAGCCGGAGGAAGGAGGCGGAGGAGCGGGAAGCCCGGGCUCGGGCUCUCUGGGAUUCCCUCCAGGCCAGGAAAAAGGAGCUGAGCCUGCUCUGCAUGGGCCGGAGGAGAAGGAGCGCAGGGAUGGAGGUGCUGGAGCGCAUCCUGGCCAAGGAGGAGGAGAAAGAACAGCGAGUGCGGGAGGUCCGUGUGGAAAACAUCAAGCUGAGUAAUGAAAUCCAGAGCCUUGAAACCCUCUGGAAAGCUCAGGGAGAGCUGUCAGAGCAUCAGCACGUUAUGGACCUGGAGAACAUGAAGAAAGAGAACCAGAGACACAGUGAGAAGAUUGACGAGCUCAGUGAUGAGAUCCUGAAGCUCAAAAAGAAAGUCUCAGACACAGUGAACAUCCUCAGCCAGUUCAGGGAGAAACUCCAGUUUGUGGAGGCUGAAAACGAAGGCAGAAAGGCUGAACUGGUGGGCAUUGAGACCACCUUGUCAGAGAAGAGAGAGGUUCUGAGCAAAACCAGGCAGAGCAGAGAGAGACUGAGGAGAGAGAACCUGGCACUGCAGCAGAAGUGUGGCUUGCUGGGGAAGGAGGUUCUGCUCCGGGACUUGGAGGCAAAGGUGGAUGCUGCAGAGCUGCUGAGUCAGCAGCUGGAAGCAGUGAAACGUCACCAUGCUGGGCUGAUCCUCUCCUGUAGGGAGCUUCGGAAUAAAAUCAAGCAAGCCAAUGCCUCUUUGCUUGCUGGGGAUGACUGCAGGAAAGAAGGCACACAAAAGAAAUAA